AGCAACCACAUCUGAUUGUUUCAAAAAAGAUGGCCAACAUCGAUCUCCUGUGCAUCAUCAACGAAGAACGCAAGAAAUUCGGUCUCAGAGACUCAGACUACCAUCGAUAUAGGAUUCAUUGUACACACAAGCUGAAAACUCUUAGAAAAUCGACUGGCUUGCAACAAACUUAUAACCAGAAGACUAAACAGUUUGAUAAACGAUCAGUAGACAGUCUCGAUGGAACCAAUGAUCUCAAUCUCAAAUACUUCUUAAUCAAUUUAUUUCAAGUCGAACAUGCUUGGGCAUCAUCAAGAGAGUUGAAGGAGCAAGUCCAAUCGAUCUUAAAGAAGGCCAACCAACAGAAAUCUGAUCAGUCCACCGCUAAAACCGGCGCGAGUAGGGUCCGACAUCAUGCCAACAACCGACUGACCAAAGCCAUCCAACACUCCGAUCGAUUCCUCGACUUGUGUCAUUCAUCGGAUUCUCUUUCGAUCAGAACUUUAGCACAGCUCCACGUUCACCGAUUAUAUAUGAGAGGACUGCUAGAAUUUGAACUGGCCCGAUGGGACUCGGCUCUGGAUCAUUUCGGACUCUCCUGUCAGAUCCUGAAGGCCUUAGCUAACUCCACCGUCGACCAAACCGAGCACAAGAAACGGGCGGUCUUCGACGAAGCCAGCGAUGAAUUAGCGCCCAUGAUCCGCUACUGUGCCUAUAAAACUGACACCAAUGCUGCUCUCGAAAUCGAUACCUUCUGUCAACAAAGACUCGAGCAAAAUCCGAUCGGUGAUAAGUUGGUAGGAAAGGAUUGGCAGGAAAUCGAAAGUUUGAUCGAAUCCUCUAAGCAAAUCAUCCAAGAAACUAUCGAAUUGAAAUGGCUAGAUCAAUUGAUUCCGAUCCGGAAUCCAGAACUGGUUGAGUUGAUCACCAGUGUCCAAAGCGCCGAUCGAGUCUUACUCUCCAACCUCAACCCAUCUCCAUCCAACUCAGCCGAUCCGUCCCAAUCUGAGGGACAUCUUAAUAAAAAACAGAAACGACAGAAAUUCUUGCAAGCCAAAAAUCCGAAGAUGAACCAGAGGGUCAUCAAUCCGACGGCCGCAUUUGACAAGGCAUUAUCCACCUAUGUGAAUGUCGAGAGCGGGUUACAGACUCUCAUCGAGUCCAACAAUCGUGCCUUAGAAUUAAAUUCGACCAUCCAACGAUUCGACCAACAGUCGAUGGUGCUUGGGACGAUCCAUAGUAUCGUCGGCUUUCGAUUACUCUCGACUAGAGUCAAUCGUGAUCUCCAAUUGGUCCAGAAACUCGAGACGAAGUGGCACAAAUUGGAGCCCAGAGUCUCGCGUCGAAUCCAUCGAAAUCCAAAGAAUUAUCAUCAAAUCAAUCGACUAGUCUUGGCUAAGAAUAAACAAUCUACUCCGAAAACUGGCUCAAAAUUCAAUCAUCACCGUCCUUCUGUCCACUCUUAUGAAACCGAGCUUAUCAAAUCCUUGCUUAUCAAACGUCGUCAAGCUAAACUGUUCCCUUCUUUGCUCAAAUUAUUCGACGAUAUCCUCUUCAAUCUUGAGCGGAUUAAACAACUCAAAGUGAUCGAAGACGAUGCCGAACUAUCAUUGAAAAUUGAAACCAAGGUUUCGUUUUUCAAAGCUUAUAGGAGUUUAAUUCAAUCUAAGUCUUAUUUAUUAGUCGAAAAGUUCUUAGAGAGUUACGUGCUACAACAAAAGUCGAAUUACUAUCUCCGACAGACCCAAAUGAAUUUGGAAGAAACAACGAAGUCCAAAGGACGAAUGAGCCGAGAGAUUGAGGAAGAAUGGUGGACUUCUAGACAGUCGAAGAAGAAGACGAAGAAAGAGGACUCAACGAAGGUGGGAGAGACGGAAGAAGGGGAAAAGGAAGAGGAUGAUGGGUUAGGACGGACAAAGCUGGAGAAGUUGAGGUUGGAUGAGCCUCAAGGUCAGAUAUCUGGUGGACCUGAGAAAAUGGAGACUCAAGUCUUCGAUCUUGCGUUCAAUUACGUCACCCAGUUCGAUUGGCAUCAUCUUCAUCCAAACCCUAGCUCGACUCGAGCUUCUAUAUCAACAACUCAACAGACGUCCAAGUCUGGCUCGCUUCUUCCCGCUUCUUCUGCUACCGGACUUGCCUCUUCUCCUGCUUCUCAACCAGCUCGCGUCGACUCUUCUCACACACUUGAGCCUGAAAGCCCCCCUCCUCCUCCUCCUAAAAAAUCUGGCGGCUUGUGGAGCUUCUUUUCCCGCUCUUAG